CGGGAGUCCCACGGCAGACAUGGCUCCGAAGCGCCUCCUGUUGGUUGGGGAGGGGAAUUUUUCCUUCGCCGCUGCUCUGAGCCAGACUCUGGAUUCGAACUCGAGGAUCACGGCGACCUGCUUGCAGGGCCCCUCCGACUUGGCCAGCGACCCCGUGGCCCUGGAGAAUCUGCGGGGCCUGCAAGAGCGAGGAACGGACGUACGUUUUGGGGUGGACUGCACCCGAUUGGCAGAUGUCUUUGAACCGCACGACAGGGGAUUCGAUCGGAUUUAUUUUAACUUCCCACACUGUGGACGCAAAGCUGGAAUAGCUGAGAAUAGGAAACUUCUGGCCAAGUUUUUUCAAAGCUCUGCAGAUGUUCUUGCAAAAGAUGGAGAAGUCCAUAUGGCACUGUGUAGAGGACAAGGUGGGACUCCUGCUGAUAAGCCAACAAGAGAAUGGGAUAACAGUUGGCAAGUAGUCGGCAUGGCAGCCCUAGGGGGAUUCAUUUUAAGUGACGUGCAUCCUUUCAGUUGUGAAUCUGUGCCAGGGUACAAAUGCACUGGAUAUCGGAGACAGAAUAAGACCUUUAAUUUAGAAGGUGCUUUGAACCAUGUCUUUACCCGGAGCUUACCCUUUGAAGAUUCACAGCCUAGACUCUUCAGGAUCAAACUGGGUGAUCAGUGGUUUUCCUUUCCAGAACCAGAAGCACUUAGAGGAAAGUUGAGCAGAGAUUUUCUAGAAGCAUCUUCAAGCCAUCCUGUCAAAACCAUAAAUGAGAAACUCAUUGCUGAAUUAGGCAAAGUUUUCCCUGUAAAAAGGCUGAAGUGUUCCUUCCCUUUACUGCCUCUGGAAAGCAGUGCUCUCACUUUCUCGAAUUGUGACAAUUUGUCAGAGGUCUUUUGGAUUAAUCUCAGUGCAAAUAACUCAAAUUCAGAGUCCCUAAAUGUUGGAAGAACACAAGACAUAGAGGACUUGCUGGUGUCAUUUUCAGCACUUAGCCUCCCCAGAACUCCUGAGAGAGACAAUAAGGAAGAAGCACAGGAAGAACUGUCGAGUCAAGCCUGGGUCUGCCUGAGACCUUCUCUCCUAAUUCAUGUUUGUGCUGUCAUCCAAGCUCCAGACUACCUCCCAGGUUCUCUGUAUAUCCUCAGUGGACCUGUCUUUCGGAAGUGUUUUGUUUUGCCUUUUACAAUGCCAGCAUUUCACGAGACUUUAUUUAUCCUUGGGUUAAAGGAAAAACUGAAGGAGAACUGUUCUCAAUCACUACUAGAUCACUUAAAGCACAUUCUGGAUGGCUUUCUGACACAGACAGUGUUGGAGGGAUCUAAACCGAGCAAUUCAGUGGAAUUUAUCUUUGAAGCAAAUGGGAAAGAUAUUAUGAUUAAUGUGAAAUCUGAGAUUUUUGGCCCAGAUUGUGCAAAGGACCUGAAUAUUGGGUGUGUUAUCAUUCCAGCUACCAACAGUAUACACAAAGACCAUUGUUUUAUGUUUGUAUCUAUAAACUUAGACUUAUUAGCCAUGCUUGUCUGGGGAAUCUCAGAUUGGAGAAUAUUAUGGACCUUUGAUAGCCGUUUCCUGAAGCACUUUGUCCCAGGGAAAAUAGAACCUUUCCAAAGCUAUUCCCUAUAUCCCCCUUGCUAUGUGCAUGAUAUAAGUUUUUGGUUAGAUGAGAAGAAAAAAUUUGAUGAACUUGAGUUUCACACUGUGGCCCGAGCAGUGUCCCAGGACACUGUCAUUUCUGUACAAUUCCUAAGUCGAUUUCAGCAUCCAGAGACAGAACGGGUUAGCCUAUGCUAUAGAAUGACUUAUCAGACCUGUGACAAGGCCCUCUCUAAGCAGCAGGUAAUGUUAAUGCAGUGCCAGUUUAGGAAAACGAUUGAACAACAAUUAAAUCUGAUACCCCGGUAGUUCAGUAGAUUGAUUUCUACUAUGUCAUUCUCACUGGGGUGGGAGUUGAUAAA